CGUGUAUUCAUUCAGCUCCCACAAUUGGCAGGCAGAUAGGUUCACACUGCUUUGUACUCCUUGGUCUUAGCUGCUAUGCACUGACUGUGAGCCGCGCAUGAAAACCAUGCCCUCGGCCUUCUCUUCUGAGACGUCCCCAGGCUUAUCUGGAGCCAUCGCAUCCACCUGGACAUCCAUCAAACACAAGAACAGGCGUCUUUUGUUUACUCCGUCGCCGCUUUGUGCUAGGUCUCCAGCACGCCAUGGAUAAAUUUGUUCGCUCAUGGACCGCAUACGAGCUCCCAUGACUUUAUGUUGCCUCCCUGCGCCUUCUUCGGUCUCCUCCAGCGUCCGUCUUCCUUUCCUUACCGCUUAAAUACCUCGAGAAUUUCCUUCGCGCGUCGGCUUUACUUCUUUCCUGUGCUUCAUUCUUCCUUCUUUCUUCUCUUCAUUCUCUCCUAAACGACAAUCUUGCUCCAUACUUCCUUCAAAACAAACGCGGUUUAAUUCCAAGAUGCGUAUCGCUACCCUGACCCUUGCCGUCGCCAUCUCGGCUGCUUUUCUGGCUUCCGCAGCACCUGCCUCUAACGCCUUCAAGAUCGUUGUUGGCGCGGACAAGGUUGCAUCUGAGGGCCCAUUUCCCAACCAUCCUGGCCCACCUGGGAUUCCACCCGUGGAGGAGUACAGUGGCCCUGAGGCAGCCGCCCUUAUGAAUCUUGCGAAUCCCCCUACUGAAGAGAAGUAGAGGGCAUCUUCUUACUGAAGAUCCCGAUCAGAGAAUUACAGACUCCAAGAGUCAUAUCCCAAGAGCGUUUAUGUGCGAUCGUUAGUUUCCGCGCGAAGGGAAUGGCGGGGUAAAUAAAUUAUUUUGAAACAAAGACGAAAAGCAACAGCGACCACUGGGAGGCAGAAGGAAAAUCGAAGGGUCUAGUUCAUAAUGGAUUUGAUAA